UGCAACUGACGAUCGGUGGGCCUGCCGAUCAACACUCCGCCCUGCUCAAUCUUACGCCGUGAAAAAGGACACCCGGGAAGCUGCUUGCCGUUCUCCCCCUUUAUUAUAUUCGCUGAUGUCUUGCGGUUUAUAAAGUUGGUGCCCUCAGACAAGGCAGACACUUACACUACAUUCAUCUACACUAGAUUCAACAGAUCCAAGCAAGCUCUUCAUCAUGAGCGCUCCUAAUCCCCCGGCCGCUGCGCCCGCCGACAAUACUCCUGCUGUCGAUGCCUCACAGACCACCCCUUCUGACCCGUCACCUUCAAAUCCUGCUGAGAUCGCAGCUACCCCUGAGACUACCACCAAACCCGCAGAAUCCACCGAUUUAGCCAAGCAAAUCGAGGAGUUCGAAUCUCAAUUGCCAUUGUCCGCCGCCGACGGUCUCAUCCAGAAGCCCUUUCCCCGCCCCCUUGAAUCGGCCAAGCCCACACCCCCGGCCGAGCUCACCUCCGAUCAGCAAGCAAAAUACAAGGAUGUCCUGAAGGCUGUCUCAGAAUGGACCACGGUUCCGACAACGUCCGCUAAGAAUUCUCCUACCGCCCCCAUUACCGACGAUGAGCGCAUGUUCCUGACCCGCGAGUGCCUGUUGCGGUACCUGCGCGCAACCAAAUGGAAUGUCUCCGAGGCAAUUGCGCGCCUCCAGCGCACGCUCACCUGGCGCCGCGAGUACGGCGUCGAAAAGCUCACAGCCGAAUACAUCUCCGUUGAGAACGAGACGGGCAAGCAGGUCAUUCUGGGAUAUGACAUUCACGGGCGCCCAUGCCUGUACCUCCUGCCAUCGAACCAGAACACAGAAACGAGCGACCGCCAGAUCCAGCACUUGGUCUUUAUGCUUGAGCGCGUUAUUGACCUUAUGGGCCCGGACCAGGAGACGCUGGCACUGAUCGUCAACUACAAGGAGACGAAGUCGGGUCAGAACGCGAGUAUCGGCCAGGCCAAGCAGACCCUCAACUUUCUGCAGAACCACUACCCGGAGAGAAUGGGCCGCGCCCUUGUAAUCAACAUGCCGUUCAUGAUCCUUGGUUUCUUCAAGAUCAUCACGCCGUUCAUCGACCCAUUGACUCGCCAAAAGCUAAAAUUCAACGAGGACUUGGGUCAGCACGUGCCUCCAGGCCAGUUGAUGAAGUCCAUGGGUGGUGAGGUCGAGUUCCGGUACGACCAUUCGAUCUACUGGCCGACGCUCAACAAACUCGCCGACCAGCGCCGAGCAGCAUACAAGGAGCGGUGGAUCCAGGGCGGGAAACGUGUUGGUGAGAUUGAGAACUACCUGAAGACGGGCACCAGCCCGAGUCUCUCUCAGACGGAGGGGGCGAAUGGUGGAGCGCAGCCUACAGCAUGAAACUUCCCAUCUUGUGCGACUUUCGGGUAAAAUAGUCUUUCAUUGUUCUUCGAGCGUUGGCGAUUGCAUGGCUGUGGCAUAAAGCAUAGAUACGCCUUUAUAAUUCUUUGGCAUCGUUUUCUUCGAGCUCUCAGUUAGACUUGUGGUAUAAUUAGACACAUGGCCAAAUAUUCUCAG